GUGUUUCACAAAUCAAAUGGCGUCCUCAAUGACAUGCGUGAUCGCUCCGACCUUUACUGAUCCUUGGGGUUACCAACUGUCACAACUUCCGAUACCUAGCAUAACGGAGCCAAAGGAUGUGGUGAUUCGAGUUUACGCUGCCAGCGUCAAUCCCAUUGAUGUGAAAAAGGCUGCUGGGGCGCUCAAACUGGCGGUGAAAGAUGAAUUUCCAUACAAGAUUGGAUAUGAUUGUUCUGGCGUCGUCACAGCCACUGGCAGUGCAGUGACGCAGAUUCAUGUCGGAGAUGAAGUGUAUGCGAGAUUGCCAGAAGUUAGUCGAGGUGCCUGGAGCGAGUACGCCAAAUGCGCCGAGUUCUAUGUCGCUCGCAAGCCCAAGUCACUUUCCUUCGGGGACGCGGCGUCAUUGCCGUUGGCUGCUGUGACAGCCCUACAAGCACUCCGGAGGUACAAGGGCUCGUUAGAAGGGAAGACUGUGUUCAUCCCGGCGGGAUUAAGCGGCACCGGCGCCUACGCGUGUCAGCUAGCUAAGAAUGUCUUUCACGCUAGCAAAGUCAUAACGACUGUGUCCACCGCCAAAAUACUCAAAGUCCCAGAACUACUCGGCAAAGGCAUCGUCGACCAAGUGAUUGACUAUACAAAAAAUGACCCCAUGAAGGUUAUUCCUCCCGGCUCCAUCGAUUUUCUCCUCGACACCACGGGCGAGUCGAUGCGCUUUCUAUCUCUCAUGACACCGUCGACUAGCUUCAUUGCCUCAAUAGCAACGAUGCCGUCAGGCGAUGUCCUCCAGAACUCGCCCUUGAUGCGACGGCCAGAUAAACCACAACUGCCCUGGCUAGCUCGUAUCAGUCUCAAUAUUGCUGAUUUCAUUCGAAGAGCUCGGGCCCGCCGGUGGCGUGUCGAAUAUGAGUACUUUUUCCUUGAGCCCAAUGGUGAAGAUCUGGAGACUUUGAGUAGUCACGUUGAGCAGGGCAAAGUUGUUCCGGUAGUUGGAUCCAGAGUGCCAAUGCAGGAUAUCGAGCAAAUUCGGGAAGCGUGUGGACUUGUGUACAAGGGCAAAGGAGGGAUCGGAAAGACGGUCAUUGAGAUGGUGUAGACUUGAAUUGCCUCAUUGGUCGAAUCUUUUGCAUUCUCUGUAUAGAACAAGAGGUGUGUCCUCCUCCC